CCUGUGUAGGCAGUUUCAGAAUCUUCUGUGCUUGGGAGGAAAGAAGCUAAGCCAUAAGAGACGUAGCUCGCCUUGCUGGAUGUUUCAUGUUCUGAUGGAUAGAACCAUAGGGACACCUUCUGGACUUUUCUUCCUGUUUCUGUGGCUGCAGUUGCACUGGUUGAGCAGAGGAGAGAAAGUGGAGCAGAGUCCUGCUUUCCUGCAUGUCCAGGAGGGAGACAACUUUGUCAUCAACUGCACGUACACAGACAGUACCUCCGAUACCUUGUACUGGUAUAAGCAAGAACCUGGAAAAGGUCUCCAGUUGCUUAUAAAUAUUAUUUCUACUCGGGACAAGAAAGAAGACCAAAGAGUCACUGUGCUGAUGAAGAAGAAGGAGAAGCAGGUCACCCUGCACAUCUCAGCUGCCCAUCCUGCCGACUCAGCCACCUACUUCUGUGCAGCAAGUGUACAGUGCUCCCCCUGCACCGGCAGCCUGUACCCAAACCUGCAACAGACUCCUGCAGUCAUUUGGGGGAGUGUGAGUGGAGGAGAGCAGGUGGAGCAGAGUCCUGCUUUCCUGAGUGUCCAGGAGGGAGACAGCUGUGUCAUCACCUGCACGUACUCAGACAGUGCCACCACCACCUUGUACUGGUAUAAGCAGGAACCUGGAAAAGGUCUCCAGUUGUUUGUAACUAUUUUCUCAAGUAUGGACAAGAAAGAAAAGAAACGAUUCACUGUCCUCUUGAACAAGCAGGACAAACUACUCUCCCUGGACAUCUCAGCUGCCCGUGUUGCCGACUCAGCCACCUACUUCUGUGCAGCAGAAGCACAGUGCUCCCCCUGCACCUGCAGCCUGUACCCAAACCUGCCAUGGGGCUGA